ACUUGAGCUACACUGGCAGUAGGACUCACUCCGAUAAGUUGUUUUAUGUCUGUAGAAAAGAAAAUUGGACCAAAAAAGUAAUUCUGUCGGGAAUGUAGGACAACCGAAUUGGACCGCGGCUCUUAUUUUGGGGCACUCCUGAGGAAAUCUAAAUCGAGAAGCAACUAUUCACAUGGGAGGUUCACCAAGUGCUGCGUUUGAUCAGAGCAGAUACUUACUAUGCCUUUAUCUUAGGUCUGCUGUGUAUUACAAAGUCCAAGGAUUUCCAAUUGAUCUUUCACAACACAUAUUCGUUAACUCUGUCUACAUUGAUCAGCGGAGGGGAUGAGGCUGGCAGGGAGUCUCCAGCUUGUCGUGCUGCUGGCCUUGAGCACUGCGGCCAAAGACCUCAAUAUCCCUCCAGAAGUGGAGCAGCUUCCUACCAUUGUAUUUCACACUACUGGGCCGAUUAUUGCCCUUCCUUCUGACAAUAAUGUGACAAUUAGAUGUGAAGCAAGGGGAAAUCCUCCCCCAGAAUACAGAUGGACAAAAGAUGACUUGGACUUUAUUCCUCCCCAGCCUGCAACAAUCAGAAGUUACCAACUUGCCACUGAUGGUACUUUUGUGCUUCAAAACAAAAGCCUUGCCCGAUUUCAGGGUAAAUAUCGAUGCUAUGCUUCCAACAAGCUGGGAACCGCCAUGACAGAGACCAUUGAGUUAAUAGUUCCAAGUAUGCCAAAAUUUCCAAAGGAGACAGUCGAACCAAUUGUUGUUGAGGAGGGGGAACCAUUUGUCUUGCAGUGUAACCCUCCAAAAGGCAUUUCCCCAAGGAAGAUCCACUGGAUGUCCAUUGGUCUUCAGCACAUUGAGCAAGAUGAGAGGGUUUCCAUGGGCACUGAUGGCAGCCUGUACUUUGCACAUGCCUUACAGAAAGACACUCGUCAGGACUAUUGCUGCUUUGCAGACUUUUUCCGCAUACGCACAAUCGUCCAUAAGACAGCUAUGGCUGUUCAAGUCAAGCCAUGGACACCACAGUAUGAAUCUGACAGCAGUGAUGCCAGCCCCCCUGUGAGAGCACCUGUCCUUCUACUGCCCUCUGGUGUCCAGACAGAACAUGUUCUGUUGAAAGGAGCAGAACUACAGCUCGAAUGUCUACCAGGGGGGUAUCCUACUCCAAAGGUAGAAUGGAUGAAGAUGGGAGACAAGCUUACCCCUCGAGCAACCUUUGACAACUUUGGAAAAUUAUUGACCAUAGCUGCAAUCGAGGAAAGUGAUGAGGGCAAAUACAUGUGCAUAGCCAAGAACUCAGUUGGACAGGCUGUUCACUACUUUGAUGUAAUCGUAGAAGAGUCUCCGAAGUGGCUGACAGAGCCGCCUCACAGUCAACUGACUGUGAUUGGCUCUGAUGUGCACAUCAAGUGCUCGGUCAGCGGUAAACCACAACCUGACAUAAUGUGGAGGAAGAAUGGACACAUUUUUGAAGAUGACCCCUUGAACAACAAACGGGUGCUUGAUGACACAAUAGUCCUACACAACGCUAUGCCAGAUGACAGUGGUGUCUACCAGUGUGAAGCAGCCAACAGACAUGGCGUUGUUUUAGGCAACGUUAACAUCAUGAUCAUGAAUACGGCUCCUCUGAUUCUGACCCAAGACUACCAAGAGUACGCAAUGAUACUUGGCGAGGAUGUGGCAAUGAACUGUAGUGCCUUCGGCUCACCACCUCCCACUAUUUCUUGGGCCAAGGAUGAGACUCCAGAAACCAUUGAAGGAGAAAGAUUUGUUGCCCUUCAGAAUGGGUCGUUACAAAUCUCCAGUGUGGAGAAAAAAGACAGCGGCGAAUAUGUCUGUGUUGCCGAUAACAGCGAGGGCAAGUCGUCUAUCACGGCUGUGCUGGCAGUGAAAGACCCCACACGAAUUGCGAAUGGACCUCAGGACAUGCAGGUCAUUAGUGGGACCACAGCCCAGUUGAUGUGUCAGGCUGAGUAUGAUAAAAGUCUGGAAGACUCACUUGAAGUAUUUUGGAUAAAGGACGGGGAAAAAAUGACCCAUUCCACAGAGGAACGUUCCAGGUACUUUGUGGGUGAUGGAAUGCUUCAGAUAAUGAACGUAAACCUGAGUGAUGAGGGUGUAUACACGUGCAUGGCCAGAACUCGUCUCGAUGAAGCCAAUAUAACAGCAUUUCUCACAGUGCUUGAUGUUCCUGAUGCCCCACAGAACUUAGAGAUAAGUGGACUCAACAAUCUGAGAAAUAUCCGUUUGGAUUGGGUUCCCGGUAGUGAUCACAAUAGUUCUGUAAUAGAAUUUGUUGUGGAGUAUGAAGAGAGCCAAUGGGAGCCAGGCAAGUGGAAGGAGCUCCACAAAGUCCCUGGUAGCCAGGCAACAGCCGAGCUGGCACUCCACGGACAUCUUAACUACCAGUUCAGAGUCUACGCAGUGAAUGCUGUUGGGCCUGGCCCCCCUAGUGAGCCCACUGAGCGCUACAAAACUCCCCCAGCUGCUCCUGAUAGGAACCCAGAAAACAUUAAAAUUCAAGGCCAUCUACCUCACCAGAUGGACAUUACUUGGGAGCCUCUCUUUCCGGUUGAGCACAAUGGCCCUGGCCUUGAGUACAAGGUAAGCUAUAGAAAACUUGCUGUGGACGACACCUGGACAGAACACCUGGUUAAAAGACAUUCCUUCGUUGUGAGGAACACAUCGACGUUCAUCCCGUACGAGAUCAAAAUUCAGAGCAAGAAUAGCCACGGGUGGGGACCGGAACCUAAAAUUACUACUGGUUAUUCUGGAGAAGAUGUUGUCUUUCGCCAUUGUCUACGGGAAAAUGUGUCAGUUCCCACUGCGGCGCCACGGGAUGUUGCAGUGGAGGUGAUUAACACAACUGUUCUGAGAGUAAGCUGGACCCCGGUUCCGCCUGCCACACUGAGAGGUCACCUAAGGGGGUAUCAUGUUCACUGGCUCAGAAAGCGAAGUUUCUUGAAUCCUGACAGAAUCUUGGAUGAGCGCCACAUGCUGUCAUUCCCCGGGAAGAGGACUCAUGCUAUUGUACCCAGACUUGACGCUUUCUCAGAGUAUACACUUACUGUCAAUGUCUUUAACAAGAAAGGAAAUGGGCCUAGCAGUGACCCAGUCAGCUUUACCACUCCAGAAGGAGUUCCAGAACAAGUGCCUAUUCUGACUACCUCCAAUGCCCGGAGGGAUUCUAUCCGGCUUGUAUGGGGUCCACCACCGGUUGCAAACGGCAUACUGACUGGCUACCUCCUACAAUACCACCUCAUUAAUGAGACCACAAAGGAGGUGGUCGAUUCCCGGGAAAUGAACAUCACAGGGCCUGACACCACCCACUGGCAGCUGGAGGGCUUAGAAGGGGGCAGCCUCUACCUCUUCCACCUCAGUGCCUGUACUCGAGCAGGGUGUGGACCUCCACUGUCGCAGGAGAGCAGCACUGUCACUCCAGCACCUGUUGCCCCUGUUGAUCACGGCUACAACUGCUCUCUUUCCUUUCCUCGCUUGAUUGCAAGUAGUGGUACUCAUCCUCCUCCUUUAGUUCCAGGCCUGUUGAACAUAAGCUCUUAUGCGAGUGACACCUAUGCCAAAAUCAGCUGGACUGUCAGGGAGGAGCAGCAGGACUCGCAGCUUUACGUGGCUUAUAUGAACAACCGUGAUGGUAACUGGCGCAUAUCUGAGGCGGUAAACACGUCUCAAAACUUCCAUGUAAUUGAUGGGCUCAAACCGGGGACGGUGUAUACUGUGCGACUCAUGGCCAAGACUUUGCUCGAUAACGCUAGCAUUUUCGAAGACGUUAUCCAGACACAAGUCACAGGUGUGGCAGUUCAACAGCGAGGCAUAUCCACAAAGGGCUGGUUUAUCGGGACCAUGUGUGCUGUGGCGCUCCUCACGCUCAUCGUCCUAAUAGUGUGUUUUAUGCGGAGAAACCAAGGUGGCAAGUAUGCAGGUACGCCGCCGCCUGGGAGACAAGACAUGCUCGCCAUGGACAAAGUGAAAGAAAAGGAAGACAUCCACCCUGAAGAACAAUCACAGGCAAUGAAUGAUGACACCUUCUGUGAAUACAGUGACAGUGAUGAAAAGCCACUGAGGGGCAGCCUCUGUUCCCUGGAUGGCGAUGAUGCGGUCGGGGACAGCGUCAGCAGAGACAGCCUGGUCGACUACGCUGAUGGCGGAGGAGAAUUCAGUGAGGACGGAUCCUUUAUCGGAGAAUAUUCAGGACACAAACAAGGGGGCUCUGUCACUGCACACAAUGGAUUUGGCCCUGUCACUGCAUAAUGCCAAGCUUUCAAAUUCUGACAAGAACUGUUAAAUAUUCGCCUUCCACAAAAUUAUAUAUAACAAAGUAAAAAAUAUGAAACAACAUAAAUGUCUUUUAUGACACAUUUUGCCAAGAAAGUGUAAAGACAAUUGUUUUUGUACAUACUGUAAGACUGUUAACCGAUUCAUUGGAUUUAGGAUUUUAUUCUCAAAAUUAAAAAAUGUUUUUUUUUUGUUUUUUAUUUUUUUACCUAUCGUUCACUGUCUGUUGGCUUGUUUUGUUCACACAGUGAUCAGAACCAACACAAACAACACACUUUAAAAUUUCACAUAUUUAAGCCCAAAAAUGUUACAAGCCUGUUCAUUUUUUGAAAAUAACAUCAAGCUGGAUGCACUGGUUUUAGCACAUCUCGGAACAAAGGGUAAUUAUAGUAAAAGAUGCGCGUGAAACAAAUAGGGCUUCUUGGGAAUUUGACGCUACACAAGGUGAACAGCGGACUAGCUAACUCCAUCACCAUGGUGGACUCCAAUGCGGGAUGCGACUGUGAAUCAGUGGAUAUUUCUUGCGAUACAGUCUUUCCGGAGGAAAUGUAUUCGAGUGACGAUGAGAAUGCUGUGCAGGGAGAGGAAUUUGGGGUCGAACCCUAGCAGUUUGAACUGACAUACUGACUCUGAUGAUGAAAAAUACCCAUCUGCGAACAUGGCAAUCAAGACGGAUGAAGAUGAGGAAGCUGCUCCCUGCUUACAACAUUUGGACAUUUGGUCGGUGAAGACAUUUUGCAUGUUGACUCAAGGCAAGGCAAAUUUGUAUAGCACAAUUGAACACAAGAUCACUCAAAGUGCUUUACAUCACAUUAAAUCAGCAAGACACAAAAACUGUGAAUUAAGAAAUAAAAACACAAACAAAAGUACAUAUGAAAGUCACAAGACAGUUACAAACAAAAAAAUUAAAAUUGUUGUCAAUUUCUCGUCUCCAACUUGUUCAAAAUGCUGCUGCUCGAUUUUUAUCAGAUACACCUAGACGUGAACAUAUUACCCCCGUGCUAUCAUCGCUACACUGGCUUCCAGUCCAUUUUAGAAUUGAUUUUAAACUUUUACUGUUUGUUUUUAAUUCAAUUAAUGGCCAGGCUCCUUCUUACUUUUCGGAAAUUUUAUCCAUCCGUAAUUCUGGCAGGACUCUUCGCUCUACCGGCCAACUUCAUUUGCACGUUCCGAGGUCCAAACUCAAACAGUGGGGAGACCGAUCUUUUGCGGUUGCUGCGCCCAGGUUAUGGAAUAGUCUUACCCCUGAAAUCCGCACAACUACAAAUUUGGGCCUUUUUAAAGCAGUAAUGUGAAGUAAUUUCAUAACAUGCCAAAUAGGGUCACAAAGUAAUUAAACACUGUCCAACAAAUAAAGCAUGAGAAAAUAAUUUAUAUGUUGUAUAUUUGACAAAAUAAUCGCGUUUCCGAAGUUUGAGCCUGAAAGGGGACGAACCCGGAAGUGAUACGUCACACCGGGAACAGCGAUGGCAGCUCCAUACAUACGGCCGCCAUACAAAGCCCUUCAAACAAUGAUUCAAACAGCGAUAUAAGCGAUAGAUCGGGCGCAAGGGGGGGAGAUUAAGUUUUUGGAGCGUUGGAGGAAGAAGAGGAGGUUGGAAUUUUAUGUUGGACCUAACAUGUAUUAGCCAGACGCUAAUCAGGAUGCAAACAAUGUGCCUAGACUGCCUGACAUGGAAUGGAUACAAGACCCAUGGAGAUUACAAGAUUGGUAAGAUAUAGGCUGUUAUUAUUUUCAUGAUUUGAAGAUGCAGGCAUUUCCACAUAAUUUUAUGUUUUUGUCUAUCUGAUGACAUUGUUAAAAAAAAAUAAUAAUCAGACUUCAUGUUCUUUUUGGCAGAUCCGGUAGCUCUCGUGCAUAUAAAAUAAUAAAAUAAAAACGUUGGGGGGAAAGAAGGAGAUGAUGGCUUUCUCCACUUUAUUGUGGCAACAAUAAGAAAACAAAAUAAUAGCGGACUGCCGCCACAUUCGACUGCAAAGUUUUGCUUCUCGCUGAUCUCCUCCUUGCCUCCUACUACUCCAGCGUCUCUUAAACGGAUCGUGCAUAGUGUCUUGUUAUGAGCUUUUUGUUUACAAAUGUAUCGAACACACGACGUGCUGACAACUUUGUUUCUUUAUUAACACAUGGAGCUAACAGUAAGAACACAGCUCGGCACAACUCUCGGCAGGAAGUGGCGUCUUAUGGCGUGAGGAAAUGUAGUUUUUUCACACAAGCGAACAGAUUACAAAGCACGACUUCAGUGGUAUCCCGAGACUACAUUUCCCAUGAUUCACUGCGUGACUUGAGCCGCUCGCUGCGAGAUUGACUCAAUACAAACACGCUAAAUUGUCACCUGUCAGCGGCGCUUGUGAAACACAAACUAGAAGGCUAUCAAGCGAUCACCGUGAAAGAAACGCCCAACCGUACAAAUGCAAUGCAAUGCUUGAAGCAUGAAGGUGUCAGGGAAUGCGCGGGCAGGCAGGUAGGUUGUGUGGACCCAAAAGCAGUGAAACAAAAAUGCAAGGCAGGUGGCAGAGAACUCAAAAAGGCUUUAAUGAUAACUAACAAAAGGCACAAAGUACAAAACAAAGGCUGUGGUGAUCAAAAAACUAUCAACAAAUAACUUAGGUCACUAACAAAGGCUGAAUAUCAAAAACUUACUGAGACGAACACGAGGGCUAGGACAGGACUUCAACUUUGACGCAGACACAGACAUUGACAAUGACGCAACUAGGAGUGAACAGAAAAUUGGAGCUUAUAUACACACACAAGCAAACAAGGGUUAACGAGACAACAAGGAACAGGUGAGCACAGGGGGAAAGGCAAGGAGAAGGCACAUCAGGUGAAAUCAAUGGGCAAUCACAGGGACAAGUUACACUAGGAGAAAACAAAUACAAAACCUAACAGUACCCCCCCCUCAAGGGACGGAUCCCAGACGUCCCGAUGAAAACAAAGUCCCAAACACGGCGAGAAGAAGGAUGCUGAAGGAGGGAGCAACAUUAGCCCGUCAGGGCUAGUCAGGCGGGCGUCCAGGACGCCAGACGUGGGCCGAUCGCACGGGUCGAUCGGGAGGGCGCCCGGGGCGCCAGACAUUGGGUGACCGCACGGGCAGAUCAGGCGGGCGUCCCAGACGAGGUAGUGCUCGGUCGUCCAUACCGCCACGUUGUGGCAGGAAACGGGGAGCUGCAUCAUCGGGGCGAGGGUCAGGAACAGAGUCUGAGUCGCCGUGCGGACCAGGGACGGAGUCGGAGUCGCCGUGCGGACCAGGGACGGAGUCGUCGUCGCCGUGCGGACCAGGGACGGAGUCGUCGUCGCCGUGCGGACCAGGGACGGAGUCGUCGUCGCCG